UGCCGAAAACUAAACCGGGGAUGAACAGGAAUCUAGUUGUAAGGUUCAUCUUUGUGAUGUUGUCAGCAAGACUAUCUGUUGAAGACUGUACGGUAAAUAACACACAAUCGUCCAAUGGAAAGGAAGAUGAAACUUUUACCUGCAGCUACUUCUGCGCAGCAAACGAUGACGAAACGGAAUGGAUAUUCCCGCCACAAUUUGCAAGACCUUGUAUUCCGAAAGAGAUUCAACCUAUCUAUUAUACAAAGCCAGACAGUGACCAUGUAGUAAUCAACUGGACAAAACCAAUAGCUACAGACAGAGAUGGUGGUUCACCAAGUGUGAUACAAGUAAAGGGAAUUAAUAACGGUGGGAACUUCACUGGCACACUUUUGGGAAAGACGCAUACGAUAGUGUACAUUGCAACUGAUACAGAUGGACUGGCAGACAAUUGCGUAUUCACCUUCACAGUCACAAGAAUCGAAUGUGGUAUUCCAGUUGUCCCUGAAAAGGCAAUGUUGACUUGUAAGAAUAAUGAGAAAACUUACCAAACGGUCUGUAAUAUCGAUUGUUAUCAAGGAUAUUCAGCAAGUGGGCCAACGAACAUUAUUUGUCAAGCUAAUGGAUACUGGUCGAAGGCCGCUAUUUGUAUCGGACAUAUACCCGAGGUAAGAGAAUGCUCGCCAUCUUUAUGUAAUGGCCACACAUGUUUACUGAACGACAACGGCACUUUUUCCUGCGAUUGUUCUUUCGGAUGGACCGGGCCCUUUUGCGAGGAUUCACCAGAUAUGUGUGUAGAAAAUAUUUGUAUGAAUGGAGCCGAAUGCAAUAGUCUUAAUAAAAGUUACACUUGCAUCUGUCAGUCAGGAUAUUCUGGCUCCCUAUGCCAAGUGUCCCCAGCUGAUGGAAAUUGGUCAGAUUGGUCAAUAUGGUCGAAAUGCUCUGUUACAUGUGGUUCUGGUGUACGUUUGCGACAAAGAUCAUGUGACAAUCCACCGCCAGAUGAACAUGGCAAAGUCUGCCAAGGAUCAAAUACUGAAAGUUCUGACUGCGAAAACGACAGAUGCGAAGAGUGUCCCACUCUCAAUAUAAAUGAAUCAGUAGCGUUUCAUGAAUGUACGACUGACACUGAUACGGGGCUUAAAACAUGUGAAAUGUCCUGCAAAAAUGGAACAAUACAGCUAGACGGAUUUCAGACACUAAGAUGUGGUCAUGGAACAAAUUAUUACUGGGCACCAGCAAAUGUGCCAGUUCUAUGUCUGGUUCCAAAGAUACCAGAAGGAUAUGAGCUUGAAAGUGAAAUAAUGUAUAGCUCGAGCAUACCCGAAGAACAACAGCCUGAAGUUGAAGACCAUGUCAGGAAAAAUAUCAAUGACACGAGUUGCAUUCAGUCAGGUUAUUGUAACACGACCAUGACUUUUAUACCGAACCAAGUUAGAGAUUACACAGAAACAAAGUUGAUUUUAACCUUCCGCAGAUACCUCGACUACAUUGUGAACAGUAGUGGAAUCAUGGAUCAAUUUGUCCUCGAUGAAUUACAGAAGGCGGUUUCAGAUCUUGAAUCAACAGCUGAAUAUCUUAGAAAUUACAGCGAAAAUGUCUUCAAUGUUAAUACUAACGGUGGCCUCAUACAAGCAGACGAAUCGUCACUUCAUCAACAAUGCUUUGUCAUCUGCACUGAACGGCAUAUUUCUGUAAAUGGAGUUUGCGUUGAAUGUCCAGCCGGUACAUACAUGAGAAGCAACAUGUGUGAGUUCUGUCCGAAAGGAACUUUUCAAAUGUUAGCAGGGCAAACAGCAUGUAUUGAUUGUCCACUACUAGGUCAUACAACUCGUACUAUUGGAUCGUUUGAUGAAGAGCAAUGUUUCGCGGAAUGCCCACCUGGUACAUAUUUUAUUGAAACCAAUUGCAUCUUCUGCCCAAAAGGAACGUAUCAAUGGUUGGCGGAACAAAAAAGAUGUGUACAAUGCCCAAUUGGGCACACAACUGAAAAUGUAGGGUCUGUCAGACAACAGCAGUGCUUUGAGUACAAGAACGCAAACUCUGACGGCAUGGCUGUUUGGAAAAUCUUGAUUAUAGCCAUUAGUUUACCAGUGGUAUAUGGAAUAGAAGGUUUCAUUGUGUCUAUACCUGUCAUUUAUAAUAAGUGUAGAAACGCGAUAAGGUAG